AUGCUACUGCAACGCAAUGUGUUCCUUCGUACGGGGCGUCUUUUCUCGACCACGGCAUGUCGCUUGAGUGCCAGCAAGCCUUCUACCACACAACCCUACUUGCACUUCCACCCUUUACCCAAAGACGCGACACGGCCGUUUGCUGUUUCGUUCUUAUCAAGCAAAGAUCUUCCAAGCAACAGCACAAUCACAGAUUAUUCCAAUUUGAUCAUUGGUUGGUCCCCUGAAACGAUCGACAUGAAGACAUUCGUUGAAAAUCCCGGAUACAUCGACUUUAUGACCAGCGUCUUGAAGCAUAAUAUCCACAAGGUGAAUGAUUCAACUCUCAAAAGUCUUGCUGAAUGGCAAAAGGAAGGUUGGUUGCAUAUUGCAGAUGAACGCAAUCCUCCUCCCUGGGGAAGAAUUCCAUAUCCAGAAGACAUCAUUGGCACCGUUCUAGUCAACAACGGCGUGAUUCAACCAGAAACCUAUCAAGAAAUGCCGACACAUCGCUUGGUUACAUCCAAUGGCAUAUUUCAGCUAUCAGAACCAUUAAGACAAUGUAUCGUUGAUGCCGCCAAAAAGCUGGUCAAGCAAUAA